AUUGGUAUUCCCCAAGGGCCUGUAAUAUCCUGUUUUUCACCUCGGUUUGACCGAUUUACGACUCUUUGGGAACUCGUCUCGGCUUUAUCUUUGUCUUCUUGCUCUACGGCUACGGCUAUUUGUACGCAGCUGGGUGCCUACGGUCAAAGCCUACGCACACCCUCCAACUCCAACCCCAAAAAGGCCCAACCUUUUCUUCUUUUCUCUGUAGCUCAGUCAUAUUUGCUUGCUUUUGUGCUCCAGAUUGAUGUCAAGCUGCCACCUUUUUCAAGCUAAAAGGGAUAAAGAGAUCUACUGAAUUUUUUUGUUGAGAUUUGGUUUGCACUUUGGUGUAUGAGCUUUAAUGGGAGGUGAGAUGGUGUCCGAGUCGUGGUUCGGUAGUUUGAGGUUCUCAUGGAAUCGUGUGGUGGAGGUUGAGAAGCCAGUGGUUGGGAUUCUGGCGUUUGAAGUUGCGGGGUUGAUGUUAAAGAUGGUGAAUUUAUGGAAUAUUGUGGGUGAAAAGGAGAUGCUUAGGUUGAGGGAAGAGAUUGUUAACUCACCUGGGAUGAGAAGGCUCGUGGCUGACGACGAUGGUUACUUGAUGGAACUUGCACUGAAUGAGAUAAUUGAGAAUUUGGGGUAUCUUGCCAUGUCAGUGGUCAGGCUUGGUAAGAGGUGCACUGACCCGGUUUAUCAUCGUUUUGAAGAAUUUUUUGAUGACCCUCUUGAGAAUGGUUUCCAAUGGCUUGGGUGGGAGUACAGGUGGAAGAAAAUGGAGAGGAAAGUGAAGAAAAUGGAGAGAUUUGUUGAGGCCACAAUGCAAUUGUCUCAGGAGCUAGAAGUGCUGGCUGAGCAUGAGCAAACUCUGAGGAGAAUGCGGGCUAAUCCUCAGUUAAAUCGGGUCAAAUUGCUCGAGUUUCAACAGAAGGUAAUGUGGCAGCGUCAAUUUGUGAAAAAUCUACAAGAGAUGUCUCCAUGGAGUAGAACUUAUGAUUACACUGUCCGACUUCUGGCUAGAUCCCUGUUUACUAUUUUAGAGAGGAUCAAGCUGGUCUUUGGAUAUGAUCAAAUGGGUUCUGGAGAGGGAAACAAUAAUUCUGAAAUUACCAAUUCUGCUUGUCUAUCUCGCAGUCAUUCGUUUUCUGCUCUUGUGCACUCUUCUGUUCAUCCAUCUGAUGGUAAUCAUUGUGGGUUCUAUUCAGGACCUCUUGGGAGGUCGCUUACAAAGCCAAGGCUUAUUGCUAGUAGUAAGAAUAAAACAAACAAACAGCGGCAAGCUCAUCAUCAGUCAUCCAUCCAACAUGGAAAUUAUUCUCAGUUAAAAGCCAAAAGUUUUGCUCAUGUUGGACCUUUUAAAGGAUGCAUGACGGGUGGAAGUGAAUCUUCUGUUUUCCAGAGCUGCAAGCCAGAAAUUGGUGGUUCUAUGAGGUUGAGAAGUACCAAUAUGAAACAUUGUGAGAAGUACACACAUAUGGGAUCUCAAUCUUUCAGCCACAGUAUCUAUUCUAAAUUAUCCCUAUUUAGUUCAAAAUGUACACUGUUGGCUGCCUCGCCGUCUACCCUUGGUGAUGCUGCUCUGGCUCUCCAUUAUGCAAAUGUGAUUGUUUUGAUUGAAAAUAUAGCUUCAUCACCUCACUUGAUCAGCCUUGACGCAAGAUAUGAUCUAUACAAUAUGUUAACCACAACUUUAAGAACUACUCUGAGAGCUAGACUAAAGUCAUAUGCCAAAACUAUGGGCACAUCUGUCUAUGAUCCUGCCCUUGCAGGAGAGUGGAGUCUGGCACUGGAGCAGAUACUGGAAUGGCUUGCUCCCCUAGCCCAUAACAUGGUGCGGUGGCAUUCUGAGCGAAAUUUUGUGAAGCAGCAGGAAGUUGCCAAGACAAAUGUGCUUCUGGUCCAGACCCUCCACUUUGCGAAUCAGGCUAAAACCGAAGCUGCAAUUGUGGAGCUUCUUAUAGGUCUGAACUAUAUGUGCAUGAUUGAUGAGCAUAAUAGGAAGGCUUUGCGAGACGCUGGUGGCAACAGACUGUAUGAUGAUUAUAUGCUCAAAAGGGAUGAAAUUGCUUAACAGAAUUUGUGGACUGCAUUAGUAGAUUGUGGACUUCCACAGGUCUAUAAGAUGGCGAUGUUCAAUCAAUGAAGUAACCUGGAGAAGAAUGAGAUGUUUUAAGCAUCAAAUGAACAUUUUCUGCUUCUUUUGGGCAAGUAGAUUUUCUCUUUUUCUCUUUUGUUCUUCUUUGUCUUUUCUUGGAACUCAAAGAUUCUUUCAUUUGUUCAUAUGGUGAAUGAAUUGGGGGCCAACGGCAACGUCCUUGUAAAGCAUAUCUUGUAAUGUAACACGAAGCUCUUU